CCGCACGGCCCCGCCUCAGGGCGGAGCGAGCGCCGCCGAGCGCGCAGGGCAGCUGGCAGCGGCGGGGGCAGCGAGAGGGGUCGAGGGCGCCGCCAUGUUGUGGUCCCGCUGCCCGGCCGGCGCCACAGCACGUCAGUGCUUUCAUGCUCUUAAGUUGAUAAAGAAAGACUGCCUUCCGUCACUGCACACAGCAAGAUGUGCCUCUACUGCCGCUGUGCCUCGCAUAACGACGCAUUACACAAUUCAUCCACGGGACAAAGACAAGCGAUGGGAAGGGGUAAACAUGGAGAGAUUUGCAGAGGAAGCUGAUGUUGUCAUUGUUGGAGCAGGCCCUGCAGGACUUUCUGCAGCUAUUCGACUCAAACAGUUAGCUGCUGAGCAUGGCAAAGAAAUACGUGUUUGUCUGGUGGAAAAGGCUUCCCAAAUUGGUGCACAUACGCUGUCUGGUGCUUGUCUUGAGCCAAGGUCCUUGCAAGAACUAUUUCCAGACUGGAAGGAGCGGGGGGCUCCACUUCAUACUCCUGUGACUGAAGACAAGUUUGGAAUUUUAACAAAGAAAUCUCGAAUUCCAGUGCCAAUUCUUCCAGGACUUCCAAUGGUUAAUCAUGGGAAUUACAUAGUGCGUCUGGGACACUUUGUGAGCUGGUUAGGUGAACAAGCAGAAGCUUUGGGGGUUGAGUUGUAUCCAGGCUAUGCAGCAGCUGAGGUUCUUUUUCAUGAAGAUGGUAGUGUGAAAGGGAUAGCUACUAAUGAUGUGGGCAUUCAAAAGGAUGGAGCACCUAAACCUACCUUUGAACGAGGCUUGGAACUCCACGCUAAGGUCACAAUAUUUGCUGAAGGUUGUCACGGACAUCUGGCCAAACAGCUGUACAAAAAAUACAACCUCAGGGAGAACUGUCAAGCCCAGAGCUAUGGCAUUGGAUUGAAAGAGUUGUGGAUUAUUGAUGAAAAGAAAUGGAAACCAGGAAGAGUGGAACAUACCGUAGGCUGGCCUUUAGACAGACAUACAUAUGGAGGAUCCUUUCUUUAUCACUUAAAUGAGGGUGAACCCUUAGUUGCUCUUGGAUUUGUGGUUGGUUUAGAUUAUCAAAAUCCCUAUUUGAAUCCGUUUAGGGAGUUUCAGAGGUGGAAGCACCAUCCAAGUGUAGAGCCCACGUUGGAAGGUGGAAAAAGGAUUGCAUAUGGUGCCAGAGCUUUGAAUGAAGGCGGUCUCCAGUCGAUACCCAAGCUUACCUUCCCAGGUGGAUUAUUAAUUGGCUGCAGUCCUGGACUCAUGAAUGUUCCUAAGAUCAAAGGGACACACACUGCAAUGAAAAGUGGCAUGUUGGCUUCAGAAGCCAUCUUUAGCCAAUUAACGAAUGAGAAUCUCCAGUCAAAGACAAUCGGACUUGAUGUGCAAGAAUAUGAAGAAAACCUGAAAAAGUCGUGGGUCUGGAAAGAGCUGUAUGCAGUUAGAAACAUCCGCCCGUCCUGCCACAGCAUACUGGGUGUGUAUGGAGGAAUGAUUUACACGGGGAUAUUUUAUUGGCUACUGAGAGGAAAGGAACCAUGGACAUUAAAACAUCCAGGACCAGAUUUUGCUCAGCUCAAGCCAGCCAAAGAUUGUACUCCUAUCGAAUACCCAAAGCCCGAUGGAAAAAUCAGUUUUGAUCUCCUAUCAUCUGUGGCUUUAAGUGGUACAAAUCACGAACAUGACCAGCCCGCUCAUUUGACUUUGAAAGAUGACAGCGUCCCUGUGAGCAAGAAUUUGGCUAUAUUCGAUGGACCGGAACAAAGGUUUUGCCCAGCAGGCGUUUAUGAAUAUGUUCCUCUGGAAACAGGAGAAGGAUCAAGAUUGCAGAUAAAUGCUCAGAACUGUGUCCACUGCAAAACAUGUGAUAUUAAAGACCCAAGUCAGAACAUUAACUGGGUAGUGCCUGAAGGAGGAGGAGGACCAGCUUACAAUGGGAUGUGAGGUGGCUUGAGAACUAUUCAGUGACUUCUGAUCACCAACAGAAAAGUUGGAGUAUUUUAUGCUGCAGUGUGAAGUACAGCACUGACUUGAAUGUUAGAGUUUUAAGACUAACGUGCCAUUCUGAAGUUUAGGUAUGAGCACUGCAUUAGAUGAAAUGGAAGGUGGGUGUAUUCUGGUUAAACUCUAGCCUUAUUUAAAUAGAACUUCUUUUCAGGAGUCGGGUGGCAGGCAGAAGAAAGUUCUUCUUAGGACUGACAAAUGAACUUUGUACCUUGGAUUUAUUGCUGAAGUUCAGUGAUGAUAAGAGCCAUAUCCAGAAUCAGGAGUGUAAUGGAAAAGUUUAGUACCUAUCCUUAAA